AUAAGUACCUUUGCACAUGGUUUAUAGAGUAACCUUUGGCAUGAACCAAGGUUUCAUUCUUUGGGCAAAAGGUGUCAAUCAGCUGAACUCUGUGACCACCGCUGCAUUUGGAGAGAAUGUGACUCUCCAGUGCUUUCUGCUGGAAGAGGACAACACCGAUCCCAUCGUUUGGUACCAGCAAAAAACAGGACAGGAGCCUCGUAUAAUGGCCAUGACUCAGAAAUCAGUAGAGACUUCCUCUUACUACAGUGAAUUUAAACCUCCAAAGUUCACUAUUGUGAAGGGAAAAGGGUUCUGUCAUUUGAACAUUGCUAGCAUUGAACCAUCAGAAGAGGCCAUGUAUUACUGUGGCACAAAUAAGUAUGAGAUUGUGUUUGGAAAGGGAGCAUUGUUAUCAGUGAAAGGGUAUUUAAAUAAAAAUGAUAAAUAUCAAGUAUCAGUGGUCCAAAGUCCAGUGCUGGGUGUGGUUUCCCCAGGAGAGUCAGUGUCUUUGCAGUGCACCGUCCUCUCUGAGAGGAGAACAGCAGAACUCCGAGUGCUCUGGUUCAGAGCUGCUGCAGGAGACUCCCAUCCUGAAAUCAUUUACACUCAUCACAACAACAGCCAUCAGUGUGAGAUCAGCUCUUCUGCACACAGCUGUGUGUACAACUUCUCCAAGAGUGUCCUCAGCCUCUCUGAUACUGGCACUUACUACUGCGCUGUGGCCACCUGUGGCAAGAUCCUUCUUGGAAAUGGAACGACAGUAUAUAUGUCCAGUCCUCUGGAUCCUGUAGUGAUCUUCCUGGGAGCAGCUCUGGGAGUGUGUGUGCUUGUCAUUUCUGCUCAAGCAAUUUUAAUCUGUAAAAGGAUAAAAUGUGAACAAUGUAGUGUGAGACUUCAACAUGGUGUUAUGAAAAUGAAGACCACCAGUCAGGACCAUGAUGCUGUGGAGUUGAAUUAUUCUGCCUUACAUUUCAUUGAUGGGAAAACCAGACGAAGGCGGGAGAAGAGAGGACAGACUGAACGCAGUGUGUACUCUGAAGUGUUGUACUCUGCUGCUACAGAUUAAUUUGUGACAUCUAAGUCAGUUAUUGGUAUUAAUUUGGUAAUUAAUUAAGCAUAGUUAAGGAAAAUUCUAUUUUCAGUCAUUUUUAUUAUUGUCAAUAAAAAAAUUCAGCAUUGCAGUCUCACUGUCAUUUGGAAACCUUUCUAAGGGAGAAUCUUAAAAAUGACAAAUGCAGUUUUCAUUUUAGAAGAUUCUAAAAAUGGAACUGGUGUCUUUCCAGACUUUCUAUCACCCAGAGUUGUUUUGGGUGUUUUGAAACGUUUGAGAAAUAACUGAACAAUGUACAAAUGCAAACAUAUUAAUGACAAAAAAAUAUAUAAUUUGAUCACAUAUGAGCUUCAAAGUUCUAAUAAGCAAGAAGUCUUAUGAGAAGAGGAGCUG